CUCCUCGCUCCUCGUCUGCCUUGCGUAGGUACGCGAAAAUACGGCCCAACGCUCGUUCUGGGCUCAGCGCUUCUCUUCGUCUGUAUGUACACGUACGUAUGGAGGUAGGGAGAUGGGUAGGUAUGUAUGCACAUUAUAUCCUACACAGCACUGCACACGUCGUAUAGUAGUAGCCGGUGCUCCUCCUGCCUACCCGUCUCAUCUCCGUGCAAUCCCACACAUCACCGACAAGCUAGUCGAAGCCUCUCCUUUCUCCACGUACCUAUAUCUCUCCCAUACACCAAGCCCCGACACUCACCGGUGUCGCGGCUCCCAUCCCUCCCCCCCCUUUCUCCCCUGCGAGUUUGCCGGAGCCAGAAGAGAGAGAGAAGGUCCCUCGCCAAUCAUCAUCACCCACCCACCAGGUCGCACAGACUGGCGAGUUGCCCGUGGGCGCGCUACCCUACCGCACCAUCUCCGUCUGCACGUGUGUGUAUGGGAUGUAGGUAGUUACUUUCCUCGAUACCUAAAGUCCCUCGACGGCCCUACCAUAUACCUACACAGACGAGCUGUACCCAGUCUCUCUCAGGCGUCUGCUCUCCUCCUUCGGGAGCCACCUGUCGCAUGCAUAACCUUCGCUAAAGACGGUCCCGUCCUGUCCGCCCGCCGGGAAGCAGAGGAGGGACAAAAGCAAGGCAUCAGUGCGUUGUGCCGAUGUCUGUGGAUGUGUGUAUGUGUGUAUAUGUAUGUACGUACGUAUGCACAUAACAAAUGUAAUAGACCGUGGUCUCCUCUCCCUCUCCCUCUUCUCGCCCCGACUCUGCUCCAUCGACGGUCAUGCCCGUCGUCUCCCCCCCCCCCCGGUAUUUAACAUUACAUUAUGUACAUGUCAUGUAGGAGAGAGGUGGUCGCAUCGCACGCACCGAUGCCACGCAUAUAGCGUGCAGGUACUAUUAUUAUUAUUGCUGUCAUUCUUAUUGGCGUCAUUAAAGCCAGCUCCUCUCUGGCCUCGACCACGACGACAUAUUCUCCCCCCCUCCUACCCUCUCUCUCUCUCUCUCUCUACCUGUGUGUGCGAGUGCGCGCGGAAGCUCGCUGCUGUCGUUGGGCCUGGAAAGUCGACGUGCCUGAUUAGGGGGGAGGAGACGAAUACGUGACCCCUAUACCUGCCCUAUUACCUACUCCCCUACCUACCUACCUACUGCUGCUGCUACCCUUACUUCGUAUCGUGAAUAUUUUCUUCUCUAAACCCUCCCCGGGCAAGUUUGUUAUACGCCUAAGGUCGCUUUCCGCAAAUACACAGCUAGAAACCUCCGAGAUCUUUUUUUCACUUUCGACCUUUUUUUAUUAUUUUAAUUUACAUUCGGGGAGGGCUUGUCAGCGCAUGUCACUCUAUCCUGUCAUCCCAACUCGAAUACGCCUACGGCCCCCUCCCCUCUCCGUAACGUGGU